AUCAGCAGCAUGGAAGCACUAGAGUACCUGGAUUUAUGCAAAAAUUACUUGAGUGGAAACAUUCCAAGUCACUUGUUCCUGCUCAAGAAUUUGACCACGGUUUUCCUCUACACAAACAGAUUGUCUGGACCUCUUCCUCGUCCAGUUAUGGCAUUGAAUUUGAAUGUAAUUGAUUUUUCUAAUAACAGCUUGACGGGGAGCAUUCCAGAAGACUUCGGAAAGAUGGUAAAGUUGGAGUAUUUGGUCUUGUUCAUGAAUCAAUUAUCAGGCAAAAUACCAGUAGGCAUAGGCAGAUUGCCAGCAUUGUCUUCUAUUGAACUCUUCAUGAACAAUCUGUCGGGUGAACUUCCGCCAGAUUUUGGUCGAUUUUCGAAGCUUCAAGUUUUUGAUGUUUCCACAAACCAUCUUACAGGAUCACUGCCAGAUGGUUUGUGUGACAAUAAGGUGUUGAUUUCCAUGAUUUCCUUUGACAACAAUCUCACGGGUGAGCUGCCGAAAUCAUUUGAGGAUUGCAACACCUUGAGAGGCGUCUGGGUUGAAAGAAACAAUCUUUCAGGUACAAUUCCUGAUGGUUUAUGGGCAGCUGAGAAUUUGAAAGUGUUGAAGAUUAACAAUAACCAGUUCACUGGUCAGCUGCCACAAAAGAUGGCAUCAAAUUUAUAUAUAGUUGAUAUUAGCAACAACCAAUUUUCUGGUGAAAUUCCUGAUGGUGUUUGGACAUCUGGGAAAUUGAAAUGGUUGCUUAUUAUGAAUAACCAGUUCACUGGUCAGUUGCCAAAACACGUUACAUCAAAUAUAUCUCUACUUGAUAUUAGUAACAACCAAUUUUUUGGUGAAAUUCCUCCGGCAAUCUCUUCUUGGAGCAAUCUAUAUAUCUUCAGGGCAAGCAAUAAUCUCUUAACAGGUCAAAUUCCUCAUGAACUCACUGCCCUUAGAUCUUUAUCAGUCCUUAUGCUUGAUGGGAAUAAGCUUUCUGGAAAUUUUCCUUCGAAUAUUAUAUCUUGGGAGUCACUAUCCACAUUGACAUGCAGCAGAAAUCAGCUUUCAGGUACAAUCCCACCAGCACUAUGUCUUUUAGCUGAUCUUAAUCAGCUAGACCUGUCUCAAAACCAAUUCUCCGGAGAAAUCCCUCCAGCACUAAGCCUUUUAGUAAACCUUAAUCAGCUAGACCUCUCUGAAAACCAAUUCUCCGGAGAAAUCCCGCCUGAGAUAGGUCAUUUGCCUGUAAGUUCACUUAAUCUGUCCUCCAAUCAUCUCUCGGGGAAAAUUCCAGAUGAAUUUGAAGUUGUAUUUUUUCGGAAGAGUUUCUUGAAUAAUCCUGGUCUCUGUGCUACUAUGCCCUCGUUAGGCCUCAGGGAUUGUAGAGCAAAAACUGAGAAAUCCAAACUUAUUGCCAUUAUUGGAAGUAUAGUAGCUUUUUUGUUUCUAGUUGCCAUUCUAUAUAUGGUGCAUGUGUUCAAGAUUAGAAGAUUGGAAGAAAAUAAAAGAAAAGAAGCAUUGGUUCAACACUGGAAGCUCACACCAUUCCACACUUUAAGCUUCACGGAAUCAGACAUUUUACCAAAUUUAGCAGAGGACAAUUUGGUCGGGAGUGGAGGAUCAGGGAAAGUUUAUGCUGUGGCGUUAAGCACUGGAGAAAAAGUUGCUGUUAAGAGUAUUAGGAACAACUACAAGUUGAGUGAGAAGGUGUUUCUAGCAGAAAUUAAGAUACUGGGCACAAUUCGUCAUUCGAAUAUAGUGAAGCUUUGGUGCUGCAUUUCAAGUGAAGAAUCAAACCUUCUUGUGUAUGAAUACACGGAAAAUCGCAGCCUGGAUCUGUGGCUUCAUGCAAAGAGAAGAUCACCUGGCCAAUUCCUGGACUUGCCUACUAGACUGAAGAUCGCAAUCGGAACUGCUCAAGGGCUGUCCUAUAUGCAUCACAACUGCUCACCACCAAUUGUUCAUAGAGAUGUGAAAUCCAGUAAUGUUCUUUUAGAUUCUGACUUCAAUGCCAAGAUUGCAGAUUUUGGCCUCGCCAAAAUAUUGAUCAACAACGGAGACCCCAACACAGUAUCAACUGUUGCUGGCUCCUUUGGCUAUAUAGCUCCUGAGUACGCAUAUACGAAAAAAGUGAACGAAAAGUUUGAUGUGUAUAGUUUUGGGGUGAUCCUCUUGGAACUGGUGACAGGAAGAGAGGCAAUUGAUGAGGAUAUGGGUUGUGGGCUAGCUGAUUGGGCGCGACACCACGUUGAAGAAGGAAAUCAAAUAGUGGAUGCUCUAGAAGGGGAUAUCAAGGAGGCAGAAAACUUAGAUGAGAUGUGUGGAGUUUUCAGGCUAGGGAUCUUCUGUACUGCUUCAAAUCCUGCUAAAAGACCCACCAUGAGAGAGGUCUUGCAGAUUCUCCUGUAUUGCAGCCCACCAUCACCAAAAUAAAUGGAAGCCAAUUAAGUGUCAGCUAGUGAGGGGACAUUGGAAGAUGAAGAUGAUGGUUUAAUUUUAAGCCAUUUGUUGUAUUUUAAAACCAUGCAUAUAGGUUGUAUCGACAGAUUAUGUCAAAAUAACAACACUAUAUUACAUAAUUUUUCAAUUUUAUUGUGUAAUUAUGCUUUUCA